AUGUCCGGCCCUCAGGCUCAGAUACCAGUCACUCUCAAGAGCGAGAGUCUCUGGAGAGAGGAUCGCGACAUCGUUCUCUUCACCGUCCAGCAUCGCGACGAUGGCGCGGAAGUGCGCACCUUGUUCGGUGUGCGGAAGAGCACGCUCGGCCUUGGCUCUGAACUCUUUGAGAGCACGUUCUCCGGCACGCAAGACGUUUUUAUGGAUGCGUCCGAGACGUACGAGGGUUUACCCAUGAUGCGGCUCUACGACGAUACAGCGGACGUCGACGCUUUCCUCCGUGCCAUCUACUUCCCCGGAUACCUUCACAAACUGGCCGAGGACCAGAAAGACCCCAAAUACGGCCUCCUGCGCGUACCGCCGACCUGUUUCGGUAUACUUCGUCUCGCCGAUAAGUUCGUGGCUCCCCCCGAGUUCACGAGGGCCGUCGCAAGCGUAUUCGAAGAAGCGUGGCCGGCAGAUCUGUCAAAAUGGAAGAUGAAAGAGCGAGCGUUCAUCAACGACGCGUACAGAGAGCUCUUUGUGCCUCCAGGUCAACAGGACGACGAGCAACACUGGGAUGUAACGGAGCAUUUCCCCGAUACUAUAUCCAUGUACACGUUGGCGCGAAAGCACACAGCUCUCAGCGACAUUCUACCGACGGUCGCGUACGAUCUCGUACACGCCCAAUCCUCUCUUGACCCCUACCGCCAGUUCCCGUUCCGCCGCCUCGAUCUUGCCCGCCUCAACGAAGCAGAUGCGCUCAGACUACGGCACGGCGCCGAGGCUUACCGCCGUGACUGCGAGGACAAGCUCAGCUUCGAGAGCUUCAUCAAUAACGGACUAUAUGCCUCGCAUUGUAAACGCAAGCUCGUGGACCCUGUGCGCUCAGCUUGCGACCUCGGCUGUCACCCCGGGCUUCAGGCCUUCUGGGGCGCCAAGGUGACGCCGCUUCUUGCGCCGGACAAGCCCAUCGACUUCAUGCGGUUUCCCAUCGAGUGCAAGGAUGACGGGAUCUGUGAAGCCUGUGCUCGUGGUGUCAUGCGACAUCUCGCGAACGCGCAGAAUGUUGUAUGGGCUAAGCUACCUGUAUACUUUGGCAUCGUUGAUCGCGCAACGCCGUACUGGGGACUUCACCCCGAUGUCUAUACGAACGAGUGGAGGGACCUGCCAUUUGGAUGGCAGGUAGAGAUCACUGAGAUAUGGGAGCCUAAGAAGGCGCGCGAGAUGGUCGCCGCAAACGAGAGGGAGAUGGUCCUCUAG